AUGACCCUCUUCGCCAACGAAGAUGGCUGUGACGAUGUCUUCGCUCACACAUCCAGGGCUCGAGACGAGAGCAAGAUCUUGGCAAGAGGGGAGAAGAGCACCAUCACCAUCGCCUCCGCCACCUUCGGACGACUGAAGAGGGCUACGCAAGCGCGACCAGUGGAUGUACCGGAGUCAUUGCAAGUGAGGUUCGACUUCGCGGUCCUACUCGUCCACGAAAUCUGCCACGCCUUCCUCAACGCCCUAGAAGGGAAAUCGGGCUAUGAGCCUUUCUUCGGCUCGAAAGCGGCGAUUGCAGAGAUUGGGUUCGAGGCGGAGAGGUCCGAAGCGGGUGAGCAUGGAGGUGGAUGUGAAGGAGGGGAGGAGGUGAGUAAGCUCGAGGGUAUCCCCGUGUGCUGGCACUGGCCGUACGAGAAGAUCGUUCUCGAUUAUCGAGCUCAGGGCGAUUUCAUGAGUGUGAGAGCUAAGUCGUUACCGCAGCUGGAUUUGGCGUGGAGGGUGCCGUUGGGGUGGUUUGGGAAGACGUUUAGGCAGGGAUUCUGGGAUGAGCUUGAGGGACGUGGUGAGAAUGUUGAUAAGCAAGGUCUGUUUCCAAGGAAGGAGGUGGGGCAUUUCUUGAAGGAAGGUAAGAAUGGCGAUAUGGGUGGGCGGAAGCCUAAGAUCGCGAUGGUUUCGAAGGGGUAUAAGAUUGCUGGGGAUAGGAGUAUUGUCAGAAAAGGUGGAAAGUCGUAG